AAUUAGUACGUGAUAUAAACAAAAGAAUUUCAGUACGGACGCGGAUAGCCAUACCAUAGCUGCGCUAAUCGUCUUAUUGACCGGUUGGUGGACCGGGUUGUUGCCAGUUCGUACACCCUCGCUGUCGGUUCGUGUGCGUUCGAACCUUUCCGUAAUGGCCGCUGCGCGUUGGGGGCGCCGCUGUGCACUUGUUUGGCGUCUGCCUCCGCGACGUUGCCAGCUUUAUUAACUUAAGUACUAACGAAGACAAAACGUACGCGCGUGGAGUGGAACUUACGGCCGGUAGCUUUUCGAUUUAACAACACGCGCGACCUUGUGCUUUUAUAUUUUCCAGUGUUUAAACGUCGUUGAAAAACCAUGUGGCAGGUCACAAAAUACUGAGUCUUUGUUAUAAAAAUCAAUUUUCUUAAAAAAAAAAACAGUGUUUCGUGUUAUAAUAAUCGAAAGUGUAGUUAUUGGUUAUCGUUGCCCAUUAAACGUUAGUACUACAGCGAAAGUGAAAUGAUAUCAAAUAGCGAUAGAUUUGAAGAAGUAAUAUAAAGUGGUCGAGAGGGCAUAAAGAAACUGGUUGGCCGAAGGCAGCGAUUGUAACAUGGGGGAACGGGGCGCGACGGGGGGCGCUUGGGGUGCGCGCGACGAUGCCUCGUGGUGGCCGGGCGGCGCAGGUGAACUGCAGCACCAACAACAACUGAACGAGGAGAUCGGUACCAGCACGGCAGCUCCCACGCAUCAAUUGUAUACUUAUAAAAUGACGGGCAGUUUUUCUAACAACGGAGAUACAACCACUCCUAGUUACGAUUAUCGUUUGAUGUCUAAUGCGAAUGCGAGGGAACAAUCUCCCCAACAGUCAUGGUGGUACGCUUCAGGCUCCGUGGAGUCGCAACAAACAUCGUCACCAACGCCACAAAGUCAAUCAAGUCCGGAAAGCGAGCAAAGCAAUCAGCAAUCUAACGGCAUUCAGCAAAACCAUCAGUCUCUUCAGCAAGAGCAGAACCAAAUACAACAACAACAAAACCAACUGCAACAACAGUUGCAGCAACAGAACUUGCAGCAGGCGAUACAACAGCAGAACCAGUCGCUGCAACAGUCACUGCAGCAGCACCAAGAGGGGCAGCAGACGCUGCAACAAAUGAUACAGCAACACCAGCAGCAACAACAGCAACAACAACAACAGGCGUUACAACAGACACUGCAACAGACACUGUCUCAAGCUCAGGCGCAGGCCCUUGUGCAGGCGCAAGCAGUGCUCCAGCAGCAAGUAGCAGAGACAAUUCAACAGCAACAACAGACAUUGCAUGAGCACAUACAGGCUGUCCAACAGCAGCAGAUACAGGCCGCUCUACAACGACAAUCUGCCACAUUACAG